GGACUCUGGGCGGAGCGGAGCCUCAGAGGCUGCUCGGACAAUGCGCUGACAUGCAGCACGCCCCAGCUGCUGAGCAGAUUUGACGCCUCCUCGCCCAGUCGCUCGGUUGUUCCCCACUGGGCAACCCCUCCUCGCGCCGGGAGCCACAGAGAUGGAAAAUCCUGAGACAGGUAUAAGUAGCUGCACUUCUCAUGAAGAGGAAAAUCGCUGCGCCUUUAACCAGCAAACAUCUCCAUCUGAGAAGCUUCUGUUAGAAGACCAGAUGAGGCGAAAACUCAAAUUCUUUUUCAUGAAUCCUUGUGAGAAGUUCUGGGCUCGAGGUAGAAAGCCAUGGAAACUUGCCAUACAAAUUCUAAAAAUUGCAAUGGUGACUAUCCAGCUGGUCCUUUUUGGACUAAGUAACCAGAUGGUGGUAGCUUUUAAAGAAGAGAACACUAUAGCAUUCAAACACCUCUUCCUAAAAGGCUAUAUGGACCGAAUGGAUGACACGUAUGCAGUGUACACACAAAAUGAUGUGUAUGAUCAGAUCGUCUUUGCAAUGAACCGGUACUUGGAGCUGCGCAACAUUUCAGUUGGGAAUCAUGCUUAUGAAAACAAGGGGACCAAGCAGUCUGCUAUGGCAAUCUGUCAGCAUUUCUACAAGCAAGGAAGCAUCUGUCCUGGAAAUGACACUUUUGACAUUGAUCCCGAAAUUGAAACAGAAUGUUUCUUUGUAGAACCGGGUGAGGCUUUUCAUAUUGGAACAUCAGAAGAAAAUAAACUCAACUUCACGCUGGACUUCCACAGACUGGUGACAGUGGAGCUUCAGUUUAAACUGAAAGCCAUUAACCUGCAGACAGUUCGUCAUCAGGAGCUCCCUGACUGCUAUGAUUUUACUCUGACUAUAACAUUUGACAACAAAGCUCAUAGUGGAAGAAUUAAGAUAAGUUUAGAUAAUGACAUUUCCAUCCGGGAAUGUAAAGACUGGCAUGUAUCUGGAUCAAUUCAGAAGAACACUCAUUACAUGAUGAUCUUUGAUGCUGCUGUCAUUCUGACUUGCUUGUCUUCGUUACUCCUCUGCUUCAGGUCUGUGGUUAGAGGACUUCAGCUUCAACAGGAAUUUGUCAAUUUUUUCCUCUUCCAUUAUAAGAAGGAAGUUUCUGUUUCUGAUCAAAUGGAAUUUGUCAAUGGAUGGUACAUUAUGAUUAUCAUUAGUGACAUGCUGACAAUCAUUGGAUCAAUUCUGAAAAUGGAAAUCCAAGCUAAGAGUCUAACAAGUUAUGAUGUCUGUAGCAUAUUUCUUGGGACUUCUACCUUGCUCGUGUGGCUUGGAGUCAUCCGGUACCUCGGUUUCUUCCAGAAGUACAAUCUCCUUAUUCUGACCCUUCAGGCAGCGUUGCCCAAUGUCAUCAGGUUUUGCUGCUGUGCAGCUAUGAUUUAUUUAGGCUAUUGCUUCUGCGGAUGGAUUGUGCUGGGCCCUUACCAUGACAAGUUCCGUUCUCUGAACAGGGUCUCUGAGUGCCUUUUCUCCCUGAUAAAUGGAGAUGAUAUGUUUGCCACAUUUGCAAAAAUGCAGGAAAAAAGUUACUUGGUCUGGAUGUUUAGUAGAAUUUACCUCUACUCGUUCAUCAGCCUCUUUAUAUACAUGAUUUUAAGCCUUUUUAUUGCGCUGAUCACAGAUACAUAUGAAACGAUUAAGCACUACCAGCAGCAUGGAUUCCCAGAGACUGAACUUCAUACCUUUAUAUCAGAAUGCAAGGACUUACCCAAUUCUGGAAAAUACAGAUUAGAAGAGGAAUCUCCAGUAUCUUUGUUCUGCUGUUGUAAAAAGUAGCUAUUAGGUUUAUCUGUGUUCUAGAGGAAAAUAUAAUAUGUAGCUGAAUUAAGAGACUAUUUGAAUAUUUUGAGAUCAGGUGCAGUAUGUUCAAAUACUAUUAUUUAAAGCUAAUUAUAGCUAUAGCUCACCAAGAACUUUUUGUAUUUUAAAAAUAAUACUUAAUGUCCUUGCUGUUUUAUACUGGGUUUACUUUUAAAGAGUAAUUUUGAUGAGGGAAGCUAUUGGAUUAUUGUUCUUUCUUAUUUAUUUUGUCAUAAUGUUUGAAUGUGUUCUCUGUGCCCCUCUUUACUCUGCCUGUAUGAAUUGUGUCCUCAAUGAAAAGCAAUUCCUAGUUUGACAGUGACCUUGGACAACUCAGUGUCCAUCCCUGAGGGAGUGGGGAUGGUUGCUGUAUAUCCAAUGAUCACUGUAUUUAAAAAUCUUCUCUUAAGGACUGAACAAGAAUGAAACAACCAUCACCAGCUAACAGUGUGAUAUAUUUGUUUCUGAAAGACAAUUGUUAUCAAUUCUGCUUUUAGUUCUGGAGAAUAUUGGGUAUUUUAAUAUUCAUUUACAAGUUUUUUUUUCUUUUCUGUCAGUGUUAAAAUACAAAGUUGAAAGAGUUUGUAUACAUAAAAUGAAAAUGAAACCAAAUACCAAUUGUAUAUUAAAUAAAGAUUAUGUUAUUGGUAUUUAAGUGGCCUUAUGAAAACUUUUAUGUACUAUGCCUUUCCUAGGCACAUUCAGUCUCAUGGUAAGGCAAUUUGGGGCCGGGAGUUAUGAUUUUAUGGAAUAAUUUUCUAUCAGUCAUGCAGAAAAUAUGUUGGACAAUAAUUAUGCUCAAAAUUUAAAAACAAGUGAGAAAUGUGUGCCUUAAAAAUAUACAAAAAUAUUCUCUAUUCCUUGUAGACCAUCGAUUGGUACUUGCAGGGGUUUUCACAACAUGAAUAUUUGUUUUAUGUAUUAUUGUUCAAAUAGAAAUGAGUUCAAUAAUGUAUAAUAAAGGUUUUCUCAACGCAAACUUUUCUAAGGAAACUGAUUUUUAAAUUGCUGAUUUUAAAGGCUUAAUGAAGGUGACUUUGAGACACUGAAAUCUUCUAUUUACAAUAAUGACUCCAGGUGUUGAAAUGUGAGGUUCUACAAAAGUGUAAGCUCUUUUUGUAGUUCUUGUGGCUUUUAAAAAAUGAAAAAACUCAACCUCCUGAUGAGGAUUUGGGGGGACUUAAUUCUAAUAUUCGUAUUACAAUCAUUUUUAGAAUUUAGUAGGAUGCAAAAUGAAUUUUAAAAUCAUGUUUAUUAUUUGAUAAGCCCUUUUUGUUACUCUUUGAGAAACUUCUGCAUUAAUAAUAACUUCAGCGGCGGUAUGGAGCCACUCAAUGAGGGCUGGGCCUGGAGUGUUGCUUUGCUCUGCAUUCACUGUGUUUCUUCCGUGGAAUUAAAGUCAGUGACUUGGUGCCUUCA